AUGUUAUUAGUAGGUGAUAGUUCAGUUGGUAAGACAAACAUCCUUCUUCGAUUUGCAGGCGAUUAAUAUUAGCCAAAUUACAAGGCAACAAUAGGGGUAGAUUUUAAAAUAAAAACAAUAAAAGUAAAUUAAACAACUAUUAAAUUAUAAAUAUGGGAUACAGCAGGAUAAGAAAAAUUCAAAACUAUUACAUAAACAUAUUAUAAUGGAGCGUCCGCAGUAGUUAUAGUUUAUAGUAUAACAGAUAGAAUUUCAUUUACAAACGUAAGAAGUUGGCUUUAAUAAAUUAACGAUCAUGUAAACGAUAGCAAUGUUGUUAAGGUUUUGGUUGGAAACAAAUGCGAUGAAAGCGAAACUUAAAGGAAAGUCGAAAAAAGUGAAGGAUAGGCUUUGGCAGAUACUUUCGGUAUACCCUUUUUAGAGACUUCUGCUUAAGAUAAUAUUAAUAUUUAAGAAUUAUUUAUGUAAGUCGGAAGAUAAAUUAAAGAUAAAUUUUUAGAUGAAAAUUAAUAAAAUAAUAAUAAUAAUAGUAACAUCUAAA